UUGUCUAUCCCGUCGAGAGAAGGCCUUUUUCCUCUUUGAUCAGAUGGAGACGAGUUAAUGUAGUUGGGAAAACUUAAUGUAAUUAUGAAUUUAGAAAAAAUCUAACUCCUUAUUUUAAAUAUAAUUCACGUACACUUUACGAAUCCUACAAAUAUGAAGAUUUGGACUUCAGAACACACAUUCAAUCACCCUUGGGAAACAGUUGCUCAGGCAGCAUGGCGGAAGUAUCCCAAUCCUAUGAACCCUGCAGUCAUAGGAACCGAUGUGGUUGAGAGAAAAGUGGUCGACGGAGUGUUGCAUACUCACAGGCUUGUUAGUUCGAAAUGGUUCUUUCCUAGAUGGGCUCAAGCGCUAAUUGGAACUGCAAAAAUAUGCUAUGCCAGCGAAAAGUCUGAAGUAAAUCCAACUGACAGACAAAUGACUCUGAAAACAACAAACUUGACAUUCUGCCGAUAUAUAGCUGUUGAUGAAACAGUUACUUAUACACCACAUCCCACGGAUACUUCCAAAACUUUGCUGAAACAAGAAGCUGUGGUAACUGUACAAGGAGUGCCCUUGAGUAGUUACAUGGAAGACUUACUUGCAAACAAAAUAUCCCUCAAUGCUGGCAAAGGUCGACAAGCAAUUGAAUGGGUUAUAGGAAAAUUUGACACUGAAAUAAAGGAAUUAGCUACUUCGGCAUGUAAAAGCACAGAUGAGCUACUUUCUCAAACUAAGAAGUCUUUUGACGAUAUAACAUCUAAAGCAAAACGAUCAUUGGACGAUAUAGAGAAAUUCACGAAUGCUAACGCAAACCAAAGGAGCUGAAAAGAGGAGUGAUUUCAUAAUUGAUAGUUCAAAAUGUCAUUUUAUUUGCACAACAUUAACAUUAUGCAUUUACUACUAGCUACUUCAUUCAGGAUAUUGUGUGU